GGACAAGUCCCCGUCUACCGUACGGAAAGUUUUCUACACUCAUCUUCCUGGCUCAGCUUCCUAUUUGCUCACCUUCUUCGCUCACUACACUCAUCUUCCUGGCUCAGCUUCCUAUUCGCUCACCUUCCUGGCUCAGCUUCCUAUUUGCUCACCUUCAUCUAUACUCGUCUUCCUGGCUCAGUUUCUAUACUUGUCUUCCUCGCUCACCUUCCUAUUCGCUCACAUUCUUUGCUCACUACACUCGUCUUCCUGGCUCAGCUUCCUAUUCGCUCACCUUCUUCGCUCACUACACUCAUCUUCCUGGCUCAGUUUCUACACUCGUCUUCAUCUAUACUCACCUUCCUGGCUCAGUUUCUUUGCUCACCUUCUUCGCUCACUACACUCGUCUUCUUCUUCUUUGCUCACCUUCCUGGCUCAGCUUCUACACUCAUCUUCUUCUAUACUCAACCACUCAAAUAUGCCACCAUCAGAAGACAGUAGCGAUAGAGUUGAAGUAGUGAAAUCAAAGUCAAAAGAUAAAGACAAAUCAAAAUCAAAAGAUAAAGACAAAUCAAAAUCAAAAGAUAAAUCAAAAGAUAAAUCAAACUCGAAGAAAGAUGAAGAUGAAUCAAAAGAUGAAGAACCAACCAAGAGGAGUGAAGCGUGGGAACACAGUCAUACCUUGUAUCUUAUCGACAAAAUCAAGCACCAAAUGGACCUCGGAAAGGGGAACGAUGGCGGCCUCAAGUCUGAUGGAUGGAAGCUUGUAUUGGAGAACUACAACACCAGGUUCAAAGUCCAAGCAGGUUUGACCUGAUUAAAAAACCAUUGUCAAAAGUUAAAGACUACUUACAAGGCCUUCGAUAAGAUAAUCGAGUCAUCUGGUGCUCCUGGAACCGAUACAAUGACCGGCGAAGUUAAGGCUGACAAGGAGUGGUGGGACCGUUGGAUUGCGAGUGGAAAUCCUGAUGCAAAGCCGAUUUGACACGGUGGUUUUCCAGCAUAUCAAGCGGUAUCAACCGUUAUGCCCGAGAAGCGUUUACGAGCCCAUGGUAAUGAAGGCUUUGGAACUCAGACCAAAAAGAAGAAACAAGCCUCACCGAGUGAGUCAGAUGAGCACAACAAAGCUGAUGUAGCCUCUAGGCACAAGUCCGACUCUGAUGGAUCUCAUAAGUCCGACUCUGAUGGAUCUCAUAAGUCCGACUCUGAUGGAGCUCACAAGUCCGACUC